AGUGUAUACAGGCUUCAUUAACACAACAUUAAGUGAAUAACUGCGGAGCAACAGUGCUGUCGGUCAGGAUGAAUGAAAAUAUGACGCUAAACAUACUUGCGUAAAAAUACAACUUAAAAGGUAAUUUAUAAUCAUCAUCUGAGUCCCACUGAAUCGUCCCCUGUGUUCACUCGCUUUGGGGGGGAUUUUAAUUAGGAGUUCAGUACAGUGCAGUUUCCAGUGAUAUGACUCAAUUCUUAUGACUGCAGUGAGAUCGUGAAGUGAAAUCACAAGAUCUUCAACUGGGUCAGUCAUUAAUGAUGGAGAAUGAGUAGUCCAAUAACAGUUAAGUCCGAGUUAUGGGGGCUGAGAGGGGAGUCUCUGUUGCUCCACAGAGACACUGGAGGAACUGCAGAGAGUCUAAGGCCAGAAGAUGACAGCUGCCAGUCCAACCUGCAGCCCCUCUUCCUCCCGCUCCUCACCUGUUUGUCUCCCAGCAUGCCACAGGCACUUGAGGAGAAGUGAGGCCCUCCAGACCAAACUGCGCCUGGGCUCUGCCCCAGGCGUGUGGCUCCUGCUGGGUGCAGUGGUGGUGCUGGUGGGGAUGAGUGUAGCAGUGGCGGGUUAUGUUUCUGCAGCGCCAAAGCUUGUGGGAGGACGCGGCACCACCCAUGUUGAGAAGAUGAAGCUGGCUGGCCCUGUGGUCAUGGGAGUUGGCCUCUUUAUUUUCAUUUGUGCUGCCACACUGCUCUACGAGAACAGGGACCGUGAGGUCCUCAGAAGAGAUAUACCUGAUGACUUGGAGGAUCUGAAGGGGGGAAGCUGCUGGGAUGAUUCGCAGGAGCAGCCAAGCAUUGGUUGUCAGGAUCAGUGGGAGUAUACAGAUGAAGAGCAGGCAUCCUUGGCCACUCCAGCCCACAUACUCCCCCUCUCUAGCCAGAGCCCUCUGCUUCCUCGUGCUCUGCUUCAAUCCAACAGGCAUAACAUCAGCAGCGAACUAUCACUGCCUCCUCCUCCAGAUGUAGGAGGUAAAGAUAAAGAGGAGGUGGACAAAAAGGAAGAGGAGAAAAGCAGCUCAACCCUGCUGACCAGAGUUCUGCACCACCAGGAGCCCACUCCUCAUUCCUCCUCCCCUUGCCCCUCCAUUUCCCAUUGCUCUGUCAACUCAGAUUCCAGCAACUCCAGUGAAAUCAACUUCAACGUACGGACAGAUUCUUCUGAGAUUCCUCAACACUGAAACCCCCAGUAGUACUGCUUGUACAGUCUGAUAAAAUAUUCAUGAUGAAACAUUAAAGGUUUCACAUGCAGACAUAUGGACUAUGCAUUCCUAAAUAAACAGAUUAAAUGUU